UUUAGUUUAUUGCCUCGAUUUCACGAAUCACGUUUGGACAGCAAAAGGGACGCCGGUUUUCUGUUCACUUGUUUUGCAAAUAAUUCCAAUACCUCUAGCAAUCAUGGUGCUAGAAGAGAUGGGAGAGUUGUUAGAAAUGUUCAAGCACAGUUUCCCCCUCUCUUUCCUAUUUUUUGUCCCGAUUCUUGUAUUGAUUUCACCCGUAAACACAGCACAUGAGUUCUCAGCGUUUCGGAUGCAGCAGUACGAUCUUCAUGGCUCGCAUCAUGGAUGUCAAGCAGCACAGGUAAACAUGGAAGCCAGACCAAUUGAUGCUAAAAUGAUCACAAGAAGAUGCAUUGUUACAAAAAUGAAAGAGUUCACUAUGGCCAAGUAUCGUGACUUGAUUCAGGAAAAUGCUGGUGCAUUACUUAUCAUACUGCCAAGAAAUCUCACAUCACUAUCAGAUGAUGACAGACAGCACUUACAGACAGUAGAGAAAGAUUUAGCAGAGGAAGGGAGCGUUAGUAUUCCUGUUUACUUUGCUGAAGAAACAGAUGAGUUACUACAGGUUUAUGAUGCUAUACAGCUUGGUAAUACUGGAGACCAAGCAGCAUCAGCUCUGGAAGCCUUGAUGAGUGGGGCGAGUGCUAAUGGUUUUCAGAUGGUAGUAGGUGGACCUCAGUCAAAAAGUCUACCAGAUUUCCAGAUAACUAAUAUUCAGGGCCAUCUGUCAGGGUUUGGAAUAGAAGAACAGUUACCUACAAUAGCUAUUGUGGCUCACUAUGACGCAUUUGGUGUGGCUCCUGGUAUGUCAGUUGGUGCAGACUCCAAUGGUAGUGGUGUAAUAGCUUUGUUGGAGUUGGCUAGACUGUUUUCUAAACUUUACACAAACUCCAGAACUCAUGCAAAAUAUAACCUCAUUUUCCUGCUGUCUGGUGGAGGUAAAUUUAACUACCAAGGAACAAAGAGGUGGAUUGAAGACAAUAUUGAAAAUCAGGAAUCAAGUCUGUUGACAGAUGUAGCCUAUGUUUUGUGUUUGGACAGCCUUGGUAGGUCAGACAAUCUCUUCUUACAUGUAUCAAAACCACCUAAAGAGGGAACAGCAGGACAUACUUUACUGCAGAACAUAGAAGAUGUGAGUAAGUCGUUCUUUGAAGAAGUUAAAUUCAAGAUGAACCACAAGAAGAUUAACCUUGCUGAGGACAUGUUAGCUUGGGAGCAUGAGAGAUUUAGUAUUAAAAGAUUACCUGCCUUCACAAUGUCAAGUCUGGAAUCACAUAAAAACCCAGACAGAACAUCUAUAUUAGAUAAAAGAGAUUCUGUAGAAGUUUCAAAAUUAACCAGAAACAUACAGAUCCUAGCAGAAGCAUUAGCUAAACAUGUAUAUAACUUAACUAGUCAGGGAAACCUUCGUCUGUUCUCAGAAGGAUUGGAGGUACAGAAAGACUUGGUGUCUGCAUGGUUAACUCAGCUCACAGCAAAAUCAAGAGCCACACAGUUACUACAUAAAGAUCAUCAUUUGUUGAGCACAUUAGAAGAAACCAUGAACAGAUAUCUCAAGGAUGUUAAAAGAUCUACUUUGAAAGCAGAUAAAAGGGACCCAGAGUUUAUAUUUUAUGAUGGAUCUCAGUAUGUAAUGAGUGCCUACAAUGUAAAACCAGCAAUAUUUGAUCUCUUCUUAGCAGCAGGAAUUGUAGCUUACUUAGGAAUGGUUUAUCUUGUUGUACAGAAUUUCAGCUAUGUAUACCUCAUCUUACAGAAGUUUUCAAUUCCUAGAAAAACCAAAGUGCAAUGAGAAAGGACUUGUUUUAUGUUGAAAAACCUGUACAGAAUACUACAUUAACAACACAAGAAUAUGUUGUGAAUUCCAAAGAAUUGUUGUUUGUUCCAAAAGAAGCUCAUGUUUUGUGAAUAUUAUGCAAUAACUGAACAAAUUUCUAUGGUCUUGGUGCAUUUUGUUGUAAAAAUGUUAAAUCUGUGUAUUUAUAGUUUAUAUAUCAGGAAGGAAUGUGUGUCUUACAAAUUUUUUUGACUGAUUUUUUUUGUAGUUUAAGUUGCAUACUACAGUUGGCAUUUUAAAGAACAAUGUCUAUGUUAUGUUGCAAAAUUAAGUUUUCAAAAUAUGAGAAAACAUCUAAAGAAGCAUAUUUUUUUAAAAAUUUGUAGAAUAUUCUGUCAAAUAAGUAUGGUACCAUUACUAUAUAUAUGUUUUAUUAAUACAGAAUGAAAUCCAUUUUCUUUAAGUUUUACAUACAUGAUACAAACAUGAUAAUACAAUAACCAUACUAACCAAUUUUUUUAAUUGCAUAACAUUUUUUUUGAAAGGUAUUUUUCUUUAAUACAAAAGAGAUCAUUGUUGAAAUUCUUCCCUUCUAAAACAGAAAUUGAUUAUAUAUAUUUUAAAUUUUUAAACAAAAGAAGAAAAAAGUUUGAGAAAAAUAAAUAAAACAGGAUGAAAGUUUCACAAGUAUUUUAUGUUUUUAAAAUGUAUUUCUUGAUUUUCAAAAGGUAAAUUUAAGAAAGUCGAGUCUGAUACCAGAUAUACUGGACUGUUGAUAAUAGUUAAAAGUCAAAAUGUCAUUUUUCAUGUUAAGUUACAAUUUCUGUUUUAAGCUCAUCUUCCUGUGUAAUAGGGAAUGUGUUUGUUUUGAAAGUAAAAAGAUGAAAACUGGGUCAUUGUUUAUUCUUUUGAAUGCAAGCAUAAGAUUUCCAAAGACAGCAUUGUUAAAAAAAAAACACCAAAAUAUUUAUCUUAAACUUUUGCUAAAUAAUUUUUCUGAAAGAGUUGUUUAUUAUCAAGGACCCUUGAAGAAAGCUGAGGAAGUUGUGGGGGAAAAAUCAUGUAAAGGUUUUCAUGACUUUAAAUUUAUAAUUAAUGGACGUCUAAACUCAUACAUGACGUAAUUGGUAGAAAUGAAAGUUUAAAAGUAAAACAAUUUGAUUUUUUUAAGCAUCAAAUUGAUAGCAGACAAAUAUCAGUGUUUUUGAUGCUAUAAUCUGAGAAAAAUACAUCAAUAUGGGGUCUCAGAUUUACAGAAUUAAACACAACUAAGAUUUAUUUAGAAUCCUUAAAAUUUGGUAUUGAUUCAGUUUUUAUCUUUUACAUGAAGUUGCACUAGAACAAAUAUUUGUUAUAAAACCUAAAGAUAACCAGAUUUUGUACUUAAUAUAAACAUUUAUUUAUACAAUCAUUUUUGUGAAUAAAAUACUGAAUGUUA